AUGGAGGUAGAAAACGAAGCCAGCUGCUCCCCCAGCAGCGCAUCAGGCGGGUCCAGAGAGUACAAGGUGGUAAUGCUGGGAGCAGGGGGAGUUGGUAAAAGCGCAAUGACAAUGCAGUUUAUUAGUCAUCAGUUCCCUGAUUAUCAUGACCCUACUAUUGAAGAUGCUUACAAGACCCAGGUUAGGAUCGACAAUGAGCCAGCUUAUCUGGACAUCUUGGACACUGCUGGUCAGGCGGAAUUCACAGCCAUGAGGGAGCAGUAUAUGCGAGGUGGGGAAGGAUUCAUUAUCUGCUACUCCGUCACUGACCGCCAAUCAUUCCAGGAGGCUGCCAAGUUUAAAGAGCUCAUUUUUCAGGUCCGCCACACCUAUGAAAUUCCCCUGGUGCUGGUGGGAAACAAAAUUGACCUGGAACAGUUCCGUCAGGUCUCUACAGAAGAAGGCUUGAGCCUGGCCCGAGAAUAUAACUGUGCUUUUUUUGAGACCUCUGCAGCCCUCAGAUUCUGCAUCGAUGAUGCCUUUCAUGGUUUAGUGAGGGAAAUCCGCAAGAAGGAGUCCAUGCCAUCCUUGAUGGAAAAGAAACUGAAGAGAAAAGACAGCCUGUGGAAGAAGUUAAAAGGCUCAUUGAAGAAGAAGAGAGAAAACAUGACAUGA